UUGAAUUUUUUAACAGUCACAUUCCAGUGUAGUAAACCACAGGUACGAGAGAAGCCGGGAGUGAAAGGUAAGGUGAAAUGGGAUGAAAAGGCCAGAGAGAGUGGAGGAAAGGAGAAGAACUACAAAAGGAAAACGCACCAAUAAGGAGACCAUGGGGGUCCAACACUACUGUUUGCUGCUGUUGCUUGUCAGCUGCCAUGAAUGGAUUGCAGCAGGUGCUGUGAGUAGCAUCAGUCCUUAUAUAAAGCAUUAUGAGGGCUUGUCUUACGACAGGGAAGAUCUUCACCGGAAGCACUUGAGAGUCAAGAGAGACACGCGACCUCAGGAACAUACACUGCAUUUGAAUUUUACUGCUUUUCACCGGACUUUCCACCUGCUUUUGAGGCAAAACAGAGCAGCGUUUUCUAAAAGCUUUACAGUGGUCAGUGAAAAUGGUUCCAUGUACGUUGACCUCUCACACAUCUAUUCAGGAACACUAGAAGGUGAACCUGGCUCAGCUUGCCAUGGCUCUGUGUUACAGGGUCAGUUUGAGGGAACUAUCCAUACAGACAAUGGGACUUAUCACAUAGAGCCAUUCCACAGAUACACCAGCAGUCCAACUGAGCACCACUCAAUAAUCUACCGUGAGGAUGAUAUAGCCCUGUCAUACAUGACUUCUGGCCCUGAUGGAUUCUGUGCCGCAAAACAUCUAAACCUCCUCGCCCAAAACCUCAGACCUAGUGAGGAGGCACCAGUGAGCCAGGCAAGAAGAGCAGUGGAUGAGUCAAAGACCACCUGUCUCCUUCACUUUCAUGCUGACUACCACUACUACACAAGAUUCAAGUCUCCUGAAGCUGUUGUGGCUCAGGUUGCCUCCUACAUGCGGGCUGUGAAUGACAUCUACGACAAAGUGGACUUUGAUGGAAUAAAGCUGAUCAACUUCAAAGUCAUGUCCCUCAAAGUAGUAACAGAAGAGGAAAAAAAUGACCCUCUGUAUCCUCUGUACACUGGCCCCGAGAAGCUGUUAAGUCUGUACUCUGAGAAGAACUGGGGCAACUUCUGCCUCUCCUACCUGCUCACCAACAGAGACUACAGCGGAGUGCUGGGGCUUGCCUGGGAAGGCAAAGGUGGAAAUUGGGGAGGAGUGUGUUCACGGCCCACGACCAUCAAAAACGGUGCUACCGCCACCCUGAAUACAGGUUUGGUCACGAUUCAGAACUACGGACAGUUUCUGCCUCCUCGACAAGUCCAGCUCACCUUGGCACAUGAGUUCGGCCACAGCCUCGGAUCUCCGCAUGAUGAGGACUCUAACUGUGGGAACCUGGGCUCUGAUGCCGGUAAAGGCAGGUACCUGAUGUUUCCUUACGCCACAGAUGGGGCGCGUGAAAACAACGAUAAAUUCUCACCCUGCAGCAUCAAACACAUCAGCAACAUCCUGAAGCUGAAGAAAGAUGACUGCUUCAUGGUCAGUGAUCAUCCCAUCUGUGGGAACCAGAUCAUAGAGGAAGGUGAGGAGUGUGACAUCGGUCACAACGAUACAGACCUCUGCUGCUACAGCGCUAAAGAGCCUGAAGGAAUCCAGUGUCGCCUCAAGCCUGGUAAAGUCUGCAGUCCGAGUCAGGGUCUGUGUUGUGGUCAGGACUGCAAGUUUAAGUCAGCAGGUCAGAUGUGCGGCGAGGAGACAGACUGUCAGAAAGCGAGUGUGUGCUCAGGACUCUUCUCGCUCUGUCCUGAACCAAAUGCCAAGGAAAACCUCACUGUCUGCAGUCAGGGCACGCGUGUCUGCCUGAAUGGGGUUUGCACUCGGUCUGUGUGUGUGAAGCACCACCUGGAGCAGUGUGACUGUCCAGGAGACUCCAUGAAGGAGAAAUGCCACAUGUGCUGCCAGCAGCCGGAUAAGCCUGAGACUUGUGCAAGCACUACCUCCUCUGUGCUGUCUCAUCACUUCCAGAAAAAAGUGUUGCCCUUGGUGGGUGGUGCUCCAUGCUCUGGAAACCGUGGAUACUGUGACAAAUUUCAUGUAUGCCGACUCCUCGAUGCAGACGGCCCCAUCGCAAGACUAAAGAACUCCUUUCUUCAUUUGGAGGACUUUGAAGACAUGGCAGAGUGGAUGAAGGCUCACUGGUGGGCCAUCCUGCUGGCCAUCCUGACAUUGUCUGGAGUGAUGGGCUGCACUGUCUGCCUCUGCAGCCGUAAACUGGACACACGUAACUUGGAGUGACUUUUUAUCCUGGAAGACUCCUGAGUGUCCUUUACCUGAGAUUUCAAGGUCUCCGUGCCACAUCAAGGAGGACUGAUCAACUUUGUUCUACUUCCAAAAUAGCCAGUCAUUUGAAGGUGACCUGCGUUGUGUUAACCAAUGUCUUUGCAUAACUUCACAUUUAGGAAAGUGGUGAGAGUCUCCUGUGAUUUAUGUGUUGUGGAAAAUGUUGCUGGUUCUGUUGCCAAGUUUGGUUCAGGUGCCCCUCAGAGAGUCGAAUCAAUUUAAAACCAUCUGUUACUGCAAAGCCUGAAAUAAACCAGGUGUGUUUAAGUCACUAAUUUCAGCCAUGAUGACCAUCCAGCUUUCCAUCUCAACCAUAACAGCACCAAUAACUAAUGUACAUAGAGUUUAAAGGCAUUCAUACCUUCUUUCAGUAGUUACCAUUUUGCAAAUCAAAGGGAAAUAUUGUACUUUUGGCUCCACUACAUUUAUCUGCCAUCCUCUUAACAAUCUACUUAACAGUAAAGAUAUAAGGCUUAAAGAACAAUUUAUGUACUAGAUCAAACCAGCCUUUUAGCCCCAUAAAGAACCAAUGUGUGGGGAACCUAAAGCUGACUCUGCAUUCUAUGGUGACCUUACACAGCAUAUCUUUUGGGUCACCUUGACACAUUUAGCCAAAUGCACUGACGCCACAACUACAAGGACUCACAGAAAUAACACAGCUUAUUGCGGUAAAUCCAGAAUUCCUUGCUCUUUUAUAUCAGAAACAGCAGUGUGAGUUUUUAAAUUGUUAAAACUGUUUAACUCAAACACACUUUGAUUUUUUUUUUUUAAUGGAACAAACAGCCUUGAGAUAGUAAAUAUGAGUGAUAAAGAUGAAUGCUUUUUAUACUGAAUGAGGCGAGGAUGGAAAGUUUAUCAUUCGUCUCAACCUUGAAAUAAGGGCUGGUUCACAAUGACCUCUCAGAUUACAUGUUGGUUUUAUUAAAGAAUUUAUA